GCGGUGUUGGGUAAGUAGGGAAGUGAAGUGAUAAGAUGGCGAAGGCGAAGGUGCUCAGAGAACUCCUGCAAACCCCCGGCGUUCACCAGGGACCGGCGUGCUUCGACGCUAUCGGCGCAAAGCUCAUUGAAUCCGCCGGUUUCCCCUACUGCAUCACCAGCGGCUUCUCCAUCGCCGCUUCAAGGCUGGCUUUACCCGACACCGGCUUCAUCUCUUACGGCGAAAUGCUGGAUCAGUGCCAACUCAUCGCCCAAGCUGUCUCCAUUCCCAUCAUCGCUGACGCCGACAACGGUUACGGCAACGCCAUGAACCUCAAGAGAACCGUCAAGGGUUUCAUUUCCGCCGGCUUCGCAGGAAUCCUUCUCGAAGAUCAGGUUGCGCCGAAAGCGUGUGGGCACACUCGCGGCAGGAAGGUGUUGCCCAGGGAAGAGGCAGUGAUGAAGAUUAAAGCCGCCGUGGAUGCUCGAGCGGAGAGCGGCUCCGAUAUUGUGAUUGUGGCGCGCACCGACGCUCGGCAAGCCGUGUCCUUGGAGGAAGCGCUCAUCAGGUGCAAAGCAUUUGCGGAUGCUGGGGCCGAUGUUCUUUUCAUAGACGCACUCGCUUCCGUUGAAGAAAUGAGAGCUCUUUGUCAAGUUUCUCCCCAUGUUCCUAAACUGGCAAAUAUGCUUGAAGGAGGAGGCAAAACGCCUAUACUGAGUCCUAAGGAACUUGAAGAAGUUGGUUAUAAACUUGCUGUUUAUCCACUUUCCUUGAUUGGGGUUUGCAUACGAGCAAUGCAGGAUGCACUCACUGCAAUUAAAGGAGGCGGUAUUCCUCCUCCAGGAAGCAUGCCACCUUUUGAAGAAAUUAAGGACAUUGUAGGUUUCAACACUUACUACAAAGAAGAAGAGCGCUAUGCUACAAACACCAAUCAAAAGGCUUAAAAAAGGAUGUUUUAAAGACAACAACCCUUUCUUUACGAAGAAGGGUAUUCUAGUGUCGAUGAUGUGCUUAUUAUCCAAGUGGUAAUUGUAUUAUCAGCCAUGUAUUUGGGGUGUUACUUUUAUUCUUAAAUUUCUAUGGGAUAUGUUCGCGACAAUAAAAAAUAAACAAAACCCGUCUAAUUA